AUGGCAUAUUCAACAGAAUCUCAAGAAGCUGAAUUCCACGACUUAUAUUCAAGUGAUGAUUAUGAUGCAACCUUAGUGGAAUCAUCAGCUGUAUCUAAUAAAAUGAUCACAAGAUUUGAAUCAGAGAAUUACACACCACUUCAAGAGCUAUACAAUAAUUUUGAUUUUGAAGACGAGGAUGAAGAUGAAGAAUACUUUCCAUCGGAUUUUGAAGAUAAUGAUGACUUCUUAACAGAUGAAGAGUUAGAUGUGAAUAAUAAAGUAAAGGAAAUAAAACAACAAUACCUUACAAGUUUAACUUCAACUGAAAAGAUCAUAAUCCUGCUUACUUUCUUUGGUGUGGCUUUUGGGAUCGUUAUUGGACAUUUAUUUUCAUAA